AUGGAGGCUCUUUUUGGCUGGACUACGCGGCGAGCCGGUGGGCUGGCCAUGGUUGCGACCAUUGCUCUCAGCUACUGGGUCGUGAGCAAGGAAGCAGCAUCAACUGGUUAUGGCUACUACAAUCUUAUGCACACACAUCACGCCUCAGCACCGUCGGCAGCAGCGUUAGAGAGCCCAACCACCGGUGGUGGCAUGUGGACGUUGGGUUUCGCAUACUACUGUCUGUUCAUUCACAUUCUAGUGGCUGCUUUCCCGAUCCGAGCCUGCUGGUCCAUCUUCAGCAUCACGCGUGCUCUCAAGAAGAACGCGAAGAGCAAGGCGCUGCGCGACAUCAAGCUUUCCCACCGCCGCCGUGGCUCGUCGACUUCUCUCUCGAGCUCCGAAACCCUGACCUCUUCUCGUGACGGCUCCGUCUCAUCUGCAACCAGCAGCGAGGCCGGUGACCUCGAGGAGCAAUUCACCGACGGCGAUGCUUCUUCGAUUGAAAACAUUGUCCAUGCAAUUGUUAUCCCCAACUACAAGGAAGAGGUUGACACCUUGAGAGAGACCCUGGAUGUCCUGGCUUCCCACCCCCAGGCUCGGCACAGCUACGAUGUCUACCUUGGUAUGGAGCAGCGCGAGCACAACGCGGAACUCAAGGCAAUGAACCUGAUUCAGGAAUUCGUCAAGAAGUUCCGCUCAAUUGACUUCACUCUGCACCCUUCGGACAUUCCUGGUGAAGCUCCCGGUAAAGGCAGCAACAUGGCUUGGGCAGCACGAAAGCUCUCUGAGCGUUAUUCGAUGAGCCAGCGCAAAGAUGUGAUUGUUACUGGCAUUGAUGCCGACAGUCACCUCUCUUCCAAGUUCUUUGCCUCGCUCACCAGCAUGCAUCUGGCCUAUCCUGAGACUGCCUCUACCACCCUGUACUCGGCUCCAAUCAUCUUUGACCGAAAUGCCAACGAUGUGCCUGCUAUCGUCCGUGUUGCUGACAUUCUGUGGUCUGCCGCUGGCAUGUCUGGUCUGUACAGUGGUUCCACCAUCGCACCCCCUACCUCGGUCUACUCUGUUCCAUUGGUGCUCGUCGACAGAGUUGGUGGCUGGGACGCGGAUUCAGAAGCCAUUGGUGAGGAUCUGCACAUGUACCUCAAGUGUUUCUUUGCCAUGAACGGAAACUUGACCUCUCGAACCGUGCUCAGCCCUGUCAGUCAGAGCAACGUCAGCGGUGACGGCGGAAAAGGCGUCGCUGGUCUUAUUACUGAUAUGAAGGCGCGCUACAAGCAGGCCCUGCGACACAUGUGGGGUUGCUUGGACUCGGGUUAUGCCAUGCGAAAGGGCUGGGAGCUCUGGCAGGAGAGAAAGCACACGUCCAGAAACUACCGUCCUCUGCACAUCACGCUGAGCAACCCGUCCGACACGUACAUUCCUCAGGUUGAUGACUUGUCUCCUGGCCAGAACAUCGAGAGCGGCGUCUUUGCCGACAUCACCACCGAUACUCUGAAGGAUGUCGACUGGCUCCGGGUUUUGUCGCUUGCUCACCGUCUGUUCGAAGCUCACUUCCUCCCGGUUCAGAUGACUAUUCUGGUGAUCGCAUCGACCUUGUACCUCUGGGUCACCGAAGGUAACGGAGACCCUCACCACCUUACCUGGAUCUUCACCGUCUGCAACGUACUCCGUACUGCUGGUUUCAUGCAAAUUGCAUUCUACCUGUUCCUGUACGAGUCUUUCCACAAGCUCAUGGCUUCCGCUCGUGAGAAGGAGAUGAACGAUGCGGGCUUGGCCAAGGGAAUGUGCUUUGCACACCGUGACAGAAAGAUGCACUAUCUCGACUACGUCAUGGUCCCUCUGGUCGCUCCGAUGUACGGUUCGAUUCCUGGUGCGCAAGCCCAGGUCUUCCAAUUCUGGACGCAGGACCUAGUAUACACGGUCAGCAAGAAGGUCGUGCGGCAAAGGUCGAAAUCCUUAUCAGCAGAUGCCAUGGUAUAA